UCCCAAACGAUAAUUAAGCAUAGUGAUAAACUGAAAAAUAGCAAACAAGAAAAAGAAGUUAAAAUAGUUUUUAGGGCUUUACAGAUCUCUUCUCCGCCAAAAAGGCUCCUCUUCACUCUCCCCGGUCUUCUCUCUCUCUGGUGUCUUACUACAUUACCUGCGUUUGUAGUUUGUAGCAUUGAAGAAUGGGUCGCAAAGUUGGUGGAGUGUAUAUAAACCCAAAGAAGUUUGGCAGUCUUGCAAAACCUUGCAUGAAGGAAACUAUGGCAUUUCUUAAUUGCCUGGCACUUAACAAUGACGAAGCUGAAAAGUGUGCUCGACAAAAGGAUCUUUUGAUGGGCUGCGUGGAUGCUCAGGCUGGCAAAAAUAAAAAGCCAUUUGGCAGCAUCAAUUACCACCUUCAGAGGCUUAACAGGGGAAAAAAGUAGUGUAGCUUUCACAAGGGAAUAUGAUGGUACUCUGUAUCAUUCUUAAAUUUGAUUAGAUGUAAUCACAACAAAUUUUGUGAUAUCUGAGCUAAAGCUACUAUAUAUUGAGCGAAUCCUGAAUAAUGAUUGGCAAGCCCCCUUGAUAGAUCUCUCGUUUACUAGA